UAAAAGUUUAUAAAUCUGAUAUAUAUAAUAAAGGGAUAUGCAAAUAACACACGCGGUGUCUACUUCGUAUUAGUGCUUUUUUCUUUAAUUAAUAUAUAUUUCGUAUAAGACAUGUCUGAAAAAGUUCUGGUGAUCGGCGGCGGAGGUCGGGAGCACGCUAUUUGUUGGAAACUGGCUGAUUCCCCGCUGGUUAAAAAAAUAUAUUGUGCGCCGGGUAGCGUUGGUAUAUCGGCAACAAAAGACAACGUAGAAAGUGUUGAUCUAAAUAUAAAGGAUUAUCCAGCUCUAGCUUCUUGGUGCAAGGAGAACUCCAUUGAUCUUGUAGUAAUCGGUCCUGAGGAUCCCUUAGCAAACGGAAUAGUAGACGCCUUAACACAACACGGCAUCAAAUGUUUCGGUCCUACGAAAGCCGGCGCUGAAAUAGAAGCAAAUAAAAAUUGGUCCAAGAAAUUUAUGAGCAAAUACCAAAUUCCUACUGCUAGGUACCAGUCAUUUACCGACGUCAAAGCAGCAAAGGAAUUUAUUAACACUGCACAAUAUCCAGCUCUAGUAGUCAAAGCCUCUGGUUUAGCAGCCGGUAAGGGUGUGGUAGUAGCUUCAACGAAAGAAGAGGCUUGUAAGGCAGUCGACGAAAUACUGACCGAUGCAAAGUAUGGCGCGGCUGGUCAGACUGUUGUUAUUGAGGAACUUUUGGAAGGCGAAGAAGUUUCGGUACUGGCUUUCACCGAUGGAGAAACCGUAUCGAUGAUGCCACCAGCCCAAGACCAUAAACGUAUUGGCGAUGGGGACACUGGACCGAACACAGGAGGAAUGGGAGCAUAUUCCCCCUGCCCCUUGAUCACACCAGAACAAUUGGCAGAUGUGAAAGAUCAAGUUUUACAAAGAGCUGUUGACGGGUUAAAAGCAGAAGGCAUCAAAUAUGUUGGUGUGCUAUACGCUGGCAUGAUGGUGACCAAGGCAGGCCCCAUGACCUUGGAGUUCAAUUGUCGCUUCGGAGACCCGGAGACUCAGGUCCUUAUGAUGUUACUGGAGACUGACUUAUAUCGUAUUAUGAAAGCCUGCGUUAACGGUACCCUCAAAGAUGUACCAGUGAAAUGGAAUACCAACGUGUCUGCCGUCGGCGUUGUAAUCGCCUCCAAGGGAUACCCCGAAACAUCUACAAAAGGCUGCGUUAUAAGUGGUUUAUCGCACAUACCCAAAGACGUGGUAGUAUUCCACAGUGGGGUGGCCAGGGGUGCGAACGACUCACUGGUAACCGCGGGGGGUAGGGUCUUACUGGUAGCAGCGAAGAGCAAUUCCCUUAGAAACGCAGCAACUAUCGCUACUAAUGCCGCUGCUGGGAUAGAUUUUCCCGGAGCCCAGUAUAGGAAGGAUAUUGCCAGACGCGCAUUUUCCAAGGUCAACGGUCUAUCCUACCUUGAAAGUGGAGUGGAUAUCGACGCCGCUGCAAACUUGAUCCGAAUCAUAGAGCCUUUAGCUACUGGUACUCAUAGACAGGGAGUACUGGGAAGACUGGGCUGUUUCAGUGGACUGUUCCAACUAUCUGCUAUGGAUCCUACCUUGAAAGACCCAGUUUUGGUCCAAGGGACCGAUGGUGUUGGAACUAAACUUAAGGUGGCAGAAACAAUGCAGAAAUACGACACGAUAGGGCAGGACUUAGUGGCAAUGUGCGUGAACGACAUCCUAUGCGCCGGGGCCGAGCCCUUUGCCUUUUUGGACUACAUCGCAUGUGGUCGACUGCAGUUGACUGUAGCAGCUACUAUUGUUCGUGGUAUUGCGGAUGCUUGUCGCCUGGCAGGUUGUGCACUACUCGGUGGUGAAACAGCAGAAAUGCCGUCGAUGUACGACGUUGGAAAGUACGAUCUUGCUGGAUUCGCAGUGGGUGUUGUGGACAAUCUCAAGCAAUUACCAAGGUCUAAGGAAAUCCGCGAAGGAGAUGUAGUAUUGGCUCUGCCAUCUACCGGUGUUCAUAGCAAUGGGUACAGUCUAGUACAGAAGAUUAUGUCGGAAACUGGACACAGUUUUCACGAAAAAGCACCAUUCAGCACUUUAAACAAGACAUUCGGUGAAGAAUUUCUCGAGCCAACUGGUAUUUACGUGAAGAAUUUACUGCCGGCGAUCAAGAAAGGCCUUAUCAAGGGAUUGGCCCACAUCACUGGCGGAGGCUUGUUGGAAAACAUACCGAGAAUAUUACCUGCUGGUAUCAAAGUUAAAUUGGACGCUACCAAGUUUAAAAUAAAACCCAUUUUUGGAUGGCUGCAAGCUAAAGGUCACGUGUCCGACUUCGAAAUGCUCCGUACUUUCAACUGUGGCAUUGGUAUGGUCGUGAUAGCUGAUCGCCUGCACGUUGCUGAGCUAUUGGAGAUGACAGACGGUUUGAUUGAAGUUGGACGCGUACUGGCUAUCGGAAAGGAAGGUGGUCACCAAGUUAUUGUAGAUAACUUUAAGCAAGCCAUGAAUCCGCUAACAGUCCCAUAUUUAGCCAAUAAGGCGAUUCCACACAAACCCCUUUCGUACAAAGACAGUGGAGUCGAUAUUGAAGCUGGUGACUCUUUGGUGUCCAUGAUCAAACCUCUGGCCAGAUCGACAUCUCGUUCAGGAGUGUUAGGCGGUCUCGGUGGGUUCGGAGGUUGCUUUCAGUUAAAAGGCUUGGAACAACAAUUUAAGGAGCCGGUGCUGGUACUGGCUGCGGAUGGCGUGGGCACCAAGCUGAAGGUGGCGCAGCGCAUCGGCCACCACGACACCAUCGGCGUCGACCUCGUGGCCAUGUGCGUCAACGACCUGCUGUGCAACGGCGCCGCGCCGCUCACCUUCCUCGACUACUUCGCGUGCGGCGCGCUCGACGUGCGCGUGGCGCGCUCCGUCGUGGCCGGUGUGGCCGAGGGCUGCCGGCAGGCCUCCGCCGCGCUCAUCGGUGGUGAGACAGCGGAAAUGCCGGGGAUGUACCCUCCUGGCGUGUACGACAUCGCCGGUUUCGCGCUCGGCGCCGUCGAACGUGACCAUGUUUUGCCACGUAUCAACCACAUCGCGGUUGGCGAUAUCGUUAUCGGUCUGUCAUCAAAUGGCGUGCACAGCAACGGAUUCAGUCUCAUACACAGUCUCAUGCAGAAGGCUGGUCUCACACUCGAGGACAAAGCUCCCUUCAGUAUUGAAGGGCGUACUUUAGGCGAGGAGCUGAUAAAGCCGACGCGCAUCUACGUGCAGAGCGUGUUGCCGGCGCUCCAGCGCGGCCUCGUGAAGGCCGUAGCCCACAUCACCGGCGGCGGCUUGCUGGAGAACAUCCCGCGCGUUAUCCCCGACCACGUGCGCGCUCGCCUCAACGCGCACUGGUGGAACGUGCACCCGGUGUUCGCGUGGAUCGCAGAUACAGGCAGCGUGAAGGACGAUGAGAUGCUGCGUACUUUCAACUGCGGUAUCGGAAUGGUGCUUAUCGUGUCUCCCGAGAACCAGGCUGAGGUGAUGAACAUCACGCGGUCGCACGGCGCGCUGGUGAUCGGCUCGCUGCAGGCGCGGCCGGCGGGCGGCGCGCGCGUGCUCGUCGACAACUUCGCCUCCGCGCUCGACUUCACGCGCCGCAUGCCGCAGCUGCACAUGAAGCGGGUGGCCGUGCUGGUGUCGGGCGACGGCAGUAACUUGCAGGCGCUGCUGGACAGCACGCGCGACCCGGCGCAGUGCAUGUGCGCGGAGGUGGCGCUCGUCGUCAGCAACAAGCCCGCCGCCUUCGCGCUCAAGCGCGCCCAGCGCGCCGGCGUGCACACGCUCGUCUUCGACCACAGGGAAUACGAGUCCCGCGAGGCGUUCGACCGUGCCAUUACGGCCGCGCUGGAGGAACACAAGAUCGACAUCGUGUGCCUCGCUGGCUUCAUGAGGAUACUGUCACCUGAGUUCGUACAGAAAUGGAAAGGCCGUUUAAUCAACAUCCAUCCAUCUCUACUACCGCGCCACCCUGGUCUACACGCACAGAAACAAUGCCUCGAGGCCGGAGACUGCGAGUCUGGCUGCACCGUGCAUUUCGUUGAUGAGGGAAUGGACACAGGCCCGAUCAUCGUACAAGAACGCGUGCCUGUGCUGGACGGCGACACGGAACAGACUCUAAGCGCGCGUAUCUUACACGCCGAGCACCGUGCCUACCCGCGCGCCGUACGUCUGCUAGCCAGCGGACGAGUGCGCCUCGCCGCACAUGGUCUCAUCUGGGAGUCCUAGACUAACUAAGACUAUU